AACGCCAUAAAAACAAAAGAAGAAGAAGGCUACGCAUGCGCAUGCGUGAACCGAGAUUGCUUUCCGGAUGGCGAAUCAACUUUACCCUGUUUAAAAGACGUGAAGGGAAGUACUGCUAAACUUCCUUUAUUUUGUUUUUAAACAAGCACAGCGGCACACAGGUUAUCUACUUGUUUUUUAUAAUUCAUCAAGGAACGUAAACCAGAAGCUUUCCAAGCUUCCCGACUAAAAUAAGUAAAGUUUGAGUACAUUUUGUGUCCAGGCGCCAAAUGUUCAACUCAGCAUGCUGGUGGGGCUGACAUCCGCGCUCCAUAUGUCUGUCUUGAAGCUGAAGUGAAUAUCAUUAUCUUUAACCAAGAGCUCGUGGACGCGGGCUGCAACACUGUCAUACAUCUCCGAAUUAACUGAAGUCGUACAGAAGACUCCUUACUAGCAAUGCGUCCUGGAUUUUUAGGCACUAAAGAAAAGGCCUGUCCUGCGUUCCAACAAUCGACUGCCAUUGCUCCGCUCUCUUCACCUCGGAACAGUCAUGUCAUGAGUGAUUCAGCGGGUCACUCGGAGGACGAACUGCUCAACACCGCGGAAGCAAAUCGGUCUGAGCGACACUGUGAAGGCAGUCAUCUAGCCAGCCUCCAACAGGAACAAACUGGAAGCCAAGCAAACGCAGCAAUUGGACUGGUCCAGAGAUCUCACCGACGACCGGGGACAUCAGAGACGGUCAAUGAAAAUGGCAAAUCAUUUUUAGAUUCUCCCAUUUCAUCAACGAAGACAAACGCCAGCUACCACCCAACGCAGCAGCCAUCGCAUAAUUCACAGAGGGCUUUGGAUUUUGGACAAAUGAGAGCGCAAAAUCUCAACUUUGCCCCUUUGACCGUUGGUGGGAAACAGAUGUGUUCUACCCCGUUAAAAUGUGGACAUUCGCCAAGACGAGGACAAAAGCCGCCAACAGAUGAACAAAUACAAUCCGUGAUUGAAGAAAGGCUUGCGUACUUUACGACUUUAAACAACAGUGAUCAUGGAUCUGCAGCCACUACCAAAGAAUGUCAGGAAGUGAUGAUGGAAGUCACCGCGACCUCCACCAAGCAUCAAGAGCAGCCAAUUGUUACAAAGCGCCACCCUUUUUUCAAGGUCAGAAAUGGCUCAUUACGAAAUCUAAAUAAGUCUUUUGGCUCCAAUAUGAGCAAUAAACUAAAACGUUGCCAGGAUCCUCAUGCCAAGCUGGUCAAAUUUGCAAAAAGUGGAAGUAAGGGUGAGAGGACACCCACUGGACAAAGUCUAGAGGAAGCACAAUACGAAGACAUUUCAGACGAUGACGGAGAAAGGAUCAAAGUAUGUUGCAAAACACCCCAGUACGAAGACAUUAGCGAUAAUGAGACAUUUGAGAUGCCAUCGCCGACUGAAUCCAGAAUGGCACCGACACAAAGUGACACCUACCCACAGCGGGGCCAGACUGAUGCUUAUUGUGUUAUUCCUCUAAACCUUUUGUCCCUGAAAUAUGAAGCCCCAAAAGCCCAGCGGGACGUUGAUGAAGGUGCAACAAAAGAGACUAGGGAGCAAGGUCAACCAGCGCCAGCUUCGAUACCGUCAUCAGUCCCCAGUUUAGAGGUCUACGACUCGUCGGAAACGUACCAACAGGUCAACGCCAUGCAAUUCGCCGAGCAUUUCGUCGUGCUUGACGACGAAAUGGAUGAGAUGAAAGAAACCUUACAGGAGGAAGGUUUUGCAUCCGUUGAGCUUGACAGCGGUGAAACUGAAGACAGUUGCGAUUACUCCUCUGGAUCGGAGCACAACUAUAUGACCGUGUCGGAGCAUCUGCUGAAUAGAUCAGCCCCGUCGUGUUCUGAGGAUGUUCAUUCUGACCACAAAAUUAAGGUAGAACAUCGGCAAACAUCUGUGGGUUUUAAGGGAGUUAAACACAAAACCAAAGAACCAACCGACAACUUGAUAACAAAUAAGAUUAUUAUCGUUGAUUCGUCAGAUGAUGAAAAUGAGGUGCAACUGAUUGACAGCACAGAUUCUCUGCAUGUCCACAUCAGUACCUGCAGAUCUAUCACACCAGGAGGUGGUAUCAGCCUGGACUGUAACGGGAGAAAACAUCCCAGGAACAAAAGACUCUUGUCUGGGUCACUGGUUCCACGGAAAAAAGCAUUACUUGAAAACGACCUUUGACAGUACAUGACUUUUGUGUGUGUACACAUGUCACCUGAACAGUUUUGUGUUAUUUAGACGCAAUAUGUUCAACUUGCAGGCAGUAUUUUUAUUUUCAAUAAAAGUCAUUCCAAAAUG